AUGUCGUUCCCAGAUGUCUUAAAAAGAGGCGAUGAGUUCUUAUCUGAGUAUCCACGAACUUCGCCUCUAUGGAACUACGCUUCCCAUGCUACGUGUUUCUUCGUCACCAUGAAGGCCAAGAUUCUUCUCAACUUACUUUACAAACCUCAUCUUCACUGCGUUGAGAAGCUCGAUGCUGCCUUGGCCAAGGCCCGAGAAGAAGGGAGAUCGCUUCUCACUGUGAUGAACCAUAUGUCUGUCGUUGACGAUCCUUCAUUCUAUGCUGUGUUACCAAUGAGGUAUCUUAAGGAUGUCGAUACAAUAAGAUGGGGGUUUGGUGCUCAUAAUAUCUGCUUUUCCAAUACGGUGUUCUCAUGGUUUUUCAAUUUAGGGAAGAUCUUGGGCACAAAGAGGUUUGGUGAGGGUCCAUUUCAAGGGUCCUUGGACGCUGCCAUCAGAAUUCUUUCCCCUGACGAUACUUUGGACUUGGAAUUCUCGCCAUGGGCCAGAGAGCAAGAGAAGCCUACCCUUAUUCAAGAAUUCGCCAAGCUAGGUGAAGUGUCCCAGAACACCAAAGAAUUGGUGAAAUCCGUCAAACCCUCACCGGAAUCCACUAAUAUACUUAUGUCGAAGUCGCCAUUUAUCAGGAACAAAACUUCGUGGUUCCAUGUGUUCCCAGAAGGAUUCGUCUUACAAUUACAAGAGCCUCACAAUAACUCCAUGAGGUAUUUCAAAUGGGGUGUCUCUCGUUUAAUCUUAGAAAGCACUCGAGCACCAGUUGUGAUGCCCAUCUUCGCAUACGGAUUUGAAAAAGUUGCGCCUGAGGAUACUGCUGGUGAAGGCAUCAGGCGCUAUCUCCCCAGCAACUUGGGGUCUGAGAUUCAUGUCACCAUUGGUGAUAUGAUACCAGACGAGCGCAUUGAAUUUUACAGACAGAAAUGGAGAGAUUUAUGCAAGAAAUAUAUUGACCUUGAGAACCCUACUGAUCUUAGCGAGGAACUCAAGAACGGCGAAAAAGCUCAGAAACUACGAUCAGAACUUGCCGCAGAACUUAGGCAAAAAGUCUUGGAAAUAAGAGAAGGUCUUGGGGUAUUUAAACCAGAGGACCCUCGCUUCAAAGACCCUACCUACUGGACCGAAUAUACCAGAACUGAGGGCAUGAGUGACCCAGAUGUGAAGUUCAUAGGUAAGAACUGGGCUAUAAAAAGAUUGCAGCUGCAUUUGCCCGACUACGAAGAGGACGCUGCCUAG